AGAGGUGCAGAGUGAAAAAUAUAAAGAUUCGAAUUGCAAACAGUAUACAUGCUUUGAUUGUAGAGGAAAAGUUAUGAUACGAGUAGAUACAGUUCUUAGUAUUGCAAAGGUUAAUAUCUAUCAUAAUUGUCUUCAUCUACAGCCAGACCACUGUGUUAAAAUGUUAAGUAAAAUACUAGAAGAGAUCAGAAAAUAUAUGUAUCUUACUACAAUUGAGCUAACAAAUCAUUUACAUCGUCAAGAAUUUGAUAUUUCAAAAUAUUUGCAUAAGCGAAUAUAUUAUUGGAAAUCUAUAGCAAAUAAAUAUCAAUAUCAACGUUAUGAUGAUCUAUUUUUAUCUAGUUGUAAACUGCUUAAGGAGUAUGAAAGUCAAGAUUUUUAUAAGUUUUUAGAAAUACAAGAUAUAGAGUCUACAUCCAUCGCUUUUACAACACCUUUGUUAAAAAAUAUUAAUGAUCAAAAUAUUAAAGUUACUGAAGCCUAUAUAGAUAUUACUUAUAAAACUGCAUGUGGGAGAUAUGAACUUUAUAGCAUUAUUGUCUAUAUUAAAGGUGCAGGAUUUCUGAUUGCCUAUAUUUUUAUGGAUACAACAAAAUCAGUAAAUUCAAGCACUAGUACAGAAAAGUGUAGCCAAAUAUUAGAAAGUUUCUUAGAGCAUAUAAAAUCAUAUAAUAUUCAUCCACUUUUUGCAUUUACUAACAAAGACUUUGCUAAAAUAAAUGCUAUAUCCAAUGUGUAG